AUGGAAGUAGCUCAAGUUCUUUGCAUGAAGGGAGGAAAUGGGGAUACCAGUUACACACAAAACUCACUACUUCAGAAAAAAGUAAUAUCCUUGACAAAGCCCAUUACCCAGGAAGCCAUAUCAAAUCUCUACUGCAACAACUUUCCGGCCAGCCUAUGCAUUGCAGACUUAGGUUGUUCUUCUGGACCCAACACUUUUUUUGCAGUCUUGGAAAUUGUUGCCACAGUGGACAAGGUGCUCAAGAAAAUGGGGCAUCAAUUGCCCGAAAUUCAAGUGUUUUUGAAUGAUCUUCUGGGGAAUGAUUUCAACACUAUUUUCAAAUCCUUGCCCAAGUUCCAAAAGGAUCUUGAGAAAACAACAGGAGCAGGAGCUGAAUCAUGUUUCGUAACCGGAGUUCCAGGUUCUUUCUAUGGCAGGCUCUUCCCCAGCGAAAGUCUUCAUUUUAUCCAUUCUUCUUACAGUCUCCACUGGCUGUCUCAUGUGAAUCUUUGCUCUUAA